ACGAAUUUGAAUCUCUUUCUUUCUCUCUCCCCUUUUCACACAGAGUCGAGUACUCGCAUAUCUCGGCGAGACUGAAGAACAAUAUCGGCCUUCAAUCUCUUCUUUACUUCCAUAUUUCGAAUGUCUUUAUUUCUGGCGAUGAAAAUAACUUGUUUCUUCUGAAGUAGUUCGGAAAUCCGAGCUUUAGAGGUCGAUACUUCCAUUUUCAAUCCCUUAUCGCGCAUACAGUUCUCGCAAAAACCCAUUGAGCAGAUCUUGGAUCCAUCGUUGUGAGUUUGCUAUGGAGGGUGUGUUAAUUGACUGUGUACAGAACAGUCUACGGCAUCUGUUGUACCGCAAUGCUAUUUUCAUGUGCGAACGGCUCUGCUCUGAGUUUCCCUCGGAGGUAUGUAUCUUUUUUUCAAACCCAUGAAUGUGUUUUUUGAGACUCAAUAUUUCCCUAUGUUCUGAUAUUAUCGCAAAGUUUUGUCUUCAACUUCCCAAAAAAAUGACUUAGUGUAAGUAGGCACUAUUAUUAGCUACUUCGAUAAAAGAGAAUGAUGAAGAAUAAUUGCUAAAAACAAGUAGUGUGAAUUUAUAAAAAAAUUCUUAUCUUCAUGAAAGAAGCCAAAGUAAGUCUACUUUGAAAGGAAAAGAUGUGCCCAUCAAAAUUUACCUAAAAUAAGCAAAACCCUUUCAUUGUUGGUUUAGUAUAGAAGAGUUAGGUGCUUGUGUAACUCUUCAUAUAUCUUGAUCUGGAGUGUCAAGCUUCUGUUAUAGAGAGGACUUGGGGGAACUUUUAGUUAAUAGAGGAUAUUAAGCAGAAUUAAGAUUUUAUUUUUUUGCUGCUUCAAGUUUUAGCAAAAGCAAGUAAAUUCUAAUUAAUCAAGUUGCCUUAUUUGACAAGUCAACUAUACUUCUUCAUAGCUUCAUUUUUUGGUAAUGCACCUAUCAUAGUAACUAGUUUUCUAUCAAAUUAUUCUUUCUUGCUAAUUUUGUCGAGUGCAGGCAAACUUGCAAUUGUUAGCUGCAUGUUACUUGCAAAGCAACCAAGCUUACUCAGCUUACCACAUUCUAAAGGAUGGAUCUCCUGAAUGAAGCCGAAAUGGCAUUAUGCCCUUCUAAUGAGCCUAAUGCAGAGGUCCCAAAUGGUGCAGCUGGUCAUUAUCUUCUUGGGCUCGUAUACAGAUACACAGAUAGAAUGAGAAGUGCUGCUCAUCAAUUUAACCAGGCUUUAUCACUAGAUCCUCUGUUGUGGGCUGCAUACGAGGAGUUGUGUAAAUUAGGAUCUGCUGGAGAAGCAACAGCAGUGUUUGGGGAAUCUGCUUCUGAAUGCAUCCAGAAGCAGUAUUUGAGUCAUGAUGUAGCUCCCCAGUUGCAGUCAUCCAGUGACGAUCACCAUCCAGUUUCUGGGAGACAACUGGCUGAAAGUGUUAGUCCAAGGCAUUUGAGACAUUUGCAUGUCAAUAACAUUAAGGAAAAUUCUGUAAAUCAUAAUGGUGCAGUUUUUUCUGGAAGCGCUGCUAGCCAAUCCAAUAAUGGCGUUCAUGCUAACAUAUCGUUUUAUAAUACUCCGUCCCCAAUGGCCAACCAGCUGUCAGGUAUGGCUCCUCCACCUAUAUGUAGAAACAUGCUCCCAAAUGGUCCAAAUUCUAGUUCCGUUGGUGCUGAUGGGUCCCCAAGAUCAACCGUGAAAUCUACCAUUCAAGCUCCUCGAAGAAAGUUUGUGGAUGAGGGAAAGCUAAGAAAGAUAUCAGGAAGGUUGUUCUCUGAUUCUGGUCCCAGACGAAGCACCAGACUUGCCGGAGAAACUGGUUCCAUAGCAAAUUUAAGUGGCAUUGCUGUAGCUGGGAAUGGAGCAAAUCAUUCUUCUAAAUAUCCUAGCAGUAGUUCUAAGUUGGGCUCUGCAGCAUUUCGUUCAGUAACUGUUAGAAAGGGGCAAUCCUGGUCUACUGAAAGUCUUACUGAAGGGACCCGGUCUGAGCUUGACGACUCUCGUUCAAAUACUACCACCACUUCUGGUUCAUCCCCCUCACCUGAUACUAGAUCUUCUGAACGUGAUGGUUCAAUCAUGUCAAUAGGUCGGGCUUCCAUGAGUGUAUCAAAAGUUGCUAGUGGUGCUUCAGAAGUACUGUCCCUUAUGAAAAUCCUUGGGGAAGGUUACAGACUUUCCUGUCUAUACCGGUGUCAGGAUGCACUUGAUGUAUUUCUGCAACUUCCUCAUAAGCAUUAUAACACAGGCUGGGUGCUAUCUCAGGUUGGAAAAGCUCAUUUUGAAUUGGUUGAUUAUCUAGAAGCUGAGCGUGCCUUUAGCAAUGCCCGCUUGGCUUCCCCUUAUAGCUUAGAAGGAAUGGAUAUAUAUUCUACCGUUCUAUAUCAUCUGAAGGAGGAUAUGAGAUUGAGUUAUUUGGCACAGGAGCUAAUAUCAACAGACCGCUUGGCCCCUCAGUCAUGGUGUGCAAUGGGAAAUUGCUAUAGCAUGCAGAAAGACCAUGAAACUGCUCUCAAGAACUUUCAACGAGCAGUGCAGCUAAAUUCAAGAUUCACCUAUGCUCACACCCUUUGUGGCCAUGAAUAUGUGGCUUUGGAGGAUUUCGAGAAUGGAAUUAAGAGUUACCAAAAUGCCCUUCAGAUUGAUGCAAGACAUUAUAAUGCUUGGUAUGGUCUUGCAAUGAUAUAUCUUCGCCAGGAGAAAUACGAGUUCUCGGAGCAUCAUUUUCGAAAGGCUCUCCAAAUAAACCCUCGUUCUUCUGUGAUAAUGUCUUAUCUUGGGACUUCCUUGCAUGCCUUGAAGAGAAACGAUGAAGCUUUAGCAAUGAUGGAGAAGGCUAUAGUAGCAGAUAGGAAGAAUCCUCUCCCGAUGUAUCAAAAAGCCAACAUCCUUGUGAGUAUGGAGGAUUUCGAUGGUGCGUUACAAGUUCUAGAAGAACUUAAAGAAUAUGCUCCUCAUGAAAGCAGCGUGUAUGCAUUGAUGGGAAGGAUAUACAAACGUCGACUUAUGUAUGACAAAGCCAUGCUUCAUUUUGGUCUAGCUUUGGAUUUGAAGCCUUCGGCAACAGACGUGGCUACUAUCAAGGCCGCCAUCGAGAAAUUACAUGUACCCGAUGAAUUAGAAGAUAACUUAUAAAGCUCGUAUGCAAGUGCAGCUGUAAAAUAUCUGUCGGGAUUUUUGAUACAACGAAUCUCAACCCUAUUUCUGAACCAAUCCUCUUCCGUUCUUUAAGCCUUACAUUCAGAGUCUUAUAGGUGUUAGAUGUUCGUAUUGCCAGAUAAAUGAAUGUCGUAGACACGAUCAAUAGUGUUUCAUAAUUUGUAUCAUGUACCAAAUUAGUUGAACCGCUGGCAAAAGGCUUGUAACAUAAGUUAUCGUUCGUUGAUCUUGUCGGCUAAUUUGUUUUCGAUUUGU